UAAGAAUUCAAUUAGGUUUUGGAAUGUUGUAUCAAAAUCCGUAAAUGGCCAAAAACUAUUCAUUCAAGGAAACGUUAUUAAUAAGAAAUUCAGUUAAAAGCUUAUCUUAAAUUUUAACUAUUAGCACAGUAGACUUAUAUAUUUUCUUUUGAUGAUUAUCGCGAUUAGGAAUGUGUUGUUUUCUAAUACAAUUUUUUUUGUUAAAUAACUAACCAAACAUUUUCCAAUGCUAAUAAAAAAAGUUGAUUAUUUGAAGAAUGGCAUCGGUUUACAAACGGUCAUGGAAGUUGCAGGAAUUUGUGGCCCACAAUGCCAAUGUGAACUGCCUGGCAUUGGGACACAAAUCUGGUCGUGUUAUGGUAACAGGUGGAGAUGAUAAUAAAGUAAACCUAUGGGCAAUAGGAAAGCAGAGCUGUUUUAUGAGUUUGAGUGGUCAUACAACCCCUGUGGAAUGUGUUCAGUUUAAUUAUGUUGAAGAGUUAGUUUGUGCUGGUUCCAGGUCUGGGGCCUUAAAGGUGUGGGAUUUAGAAGCUGCGAAAUUAGUACGUACAUUAACUGGUCAUAAAGACAGUAUACAGUGUGUUGAUUUCCAUCCCUAUGGUGAUUUUUUGACUUCUGGAAGUGCUGACUGUUCUAUCAAGUUGUGGGACAGCCGCAAGAAAGGAUGCAUUGGGUCUUUUCCUAGCCACAAAGCCAAAGUAAACAGUGUUAAAUUUAGUCCUGAUGGUCAAUGGAUAGCAUCAGGAGGAGAUGACAGUAGUAUUAAAAUUUGGGACUUGCGUGUAGGCAAAGUUUUAAAAGACUUUACAGAUCAUGCAAAUUCUGUGCUCAGUGUAGAAUUUCAUCCUCAUGAGUUCUUGCUAGCCAGUGGCAGUUCAGACAGAUCUGUACAUUUCUAUGAUCUCGAAAAUUUCAACUUGGUCUCCUCAGAGAAGGACCUGGGCUCAGUUAGAUGUCUUUGGUUUAAUCCAGAUGGGGAUUGUCUCUUUGCAGGAGUAAGGGACUAUUUAAAAGUUGUUGGAUGGGAACCUGAACGCUUAUUUGACUCUGUCCCAGUCAAUUGGGGAAGAAUUUUUGACAUAUCUACAGCACAACAUCAGUUGGUGGGUGCAUCAUUUCAUUUAACAAACGUUAUGGUUUAUGUAGUGGAUUUAAAAAGAGUUGAGCCUAUUAGAGCACCUGGGCUGGACAGUUCAAAUCCAUUUUCCCAUAACAACAGUUUAAGAAAGAGUUUUUCUAAAGCUGAACGUCCCGUUUCGUUACGCUCAAAAAAUGCCAUAGACGUGAAAACUAUUGAAGAAAAUACCUCAGGGACUGACCCUGAAGAAGAGUCCACAUUAGACAUCACCAAUUUUAAAGAUUACAACGAAAUUUUUAAAGCCAGACAGUCAUUGAGACGAACUCCACCACCUAUUGAACCUUUUAAAGAACCAGAAGAAGAACAUUAUGCAGAUCCAACUGAGCCUCAAGUAUUGGGGGAAGUUAUUUCAGAUAAAAUUGAAGCAUUGUCUUUGGACACGAUACAUAAUAGCACACCGGCCUCGCACGUGUCGUCCACUUCGUAUUCGCGUUCCAAGUCCAAUUUGGACUACAUUUUCCGUAAGAAGCAGCAGGCAACGAAGCCCACUGAAUCCGAGCCUCCUGUCGUCGUUGUUCCAAGUCAGACCAAGCCUAAACCAUUAGUGCCAGUACCUCCUCCAAAGUUCGCCUUGAAUCGUCAAAACAGCUGCAAAGACGUGCCCGAAAAACUGCCCAAAAAUGACAUUAAACACAGUGUUUCAGAAGCGAAUCUCCAAACCAAAAAUUUGUUAGUUUCGUCUUCAAGAAAUGCCUCCCGGAAGAAUUCCUUUUCCAAACCGAUUCGUAACUUUACCAGUACUCCUAAUAUUCCAGUGUCGAAGAUUCCUGGAUCCGCAAAAAUCACUGAAAGGGCCGCGGUCGUCAAGCCAGUUCCUAAUGUAACCGUAGGUGCCCCUGUUGAUAUUUUCGUGACUCCCGUAAGUCGAAAAAUAUCAAAGGAUAGACAGGAAAGUGAUUACGUACCAGCAACUGUUGAUCGGCCUGUGGGACUCGAUCUUGACGAUUUCUUACCUAAAAAUCAUCAGCCCUAUGGUAAAGAAGCGCAACUUCCUGAUAUGUCAGAAGCAGAAGUGCUGGGUAUAGUUAUGAGAGGUCACGAACCCAUGAUGGCUGUGUUAACUACGAGACAGAAGAACUUAAAGGUUGUUCUUGCCCAACUGAAAAGUAAAGACUUGAAAGCCGCCAUGGAAAUGGCAAUCCAGCUGGAUGAUUUGGCGAUCAUUGUAGAUUUAUUAGGAAUUUUUAAUAACAAAUAUUCGAUGUGGAAUUUGGAUUUAUGCGUUCUUUUAUUACCAAAGGUCGAGGAUCUCUUAAGAAGUAAAUUCGAAAUGUAUAUGACAACGGCGUGCAAUACUCUAAAGUUAGUGUUAAGACAUUUUGGAUCGAUUAUUAAGUCAACUAUGCAAUCACCGGCGGGGAGUUUCGGAGUGGAUUUAUCCAGGGAAGAACGGUACAAAAAGUGUAUAAAUUGCUACGACAGUCUUGUCAAUAUUAGACCUGUUUUAUUAAAGAAACAAACGUUGCCCGGGAAACUGGGCAAUCAGUGUAAAGAGAUAGAGACAUUGAUGCAAGACGUUUUAGACUAAACUGAUUUCCCUUUUCUUUUUUUUUUAACGUUUGUUGUAAUAUUACUAGUGUUAGGUAAGUAUUAACUGUAGCAAACACACAUCGAUACGAUUUUUGUACACCUUUUUCUACAAAUAAUUAGAAUAAUAACUAACUUUAUUUUGACUCCAUUGGAUUAUAACAGUUGUUUAUAAUACAAUAAUAAUAAUAAUUAGGUAUUAGAAUUAAUGCGUUUUUCCCCCAAAUGUGUGAUAUUUUUCAGACUUCGUUAUUAGAAGAAUUGUUAUUGCAAAAGUAUUUAUGACUUGUGUGAGUAUUUGAUGCGUGAUUUCGUUUUCUUUCAUUUUUCCGUGGCACCUGUUAUUUUCGUAGAAACAACACAACCCAAUUCUUACGUAUGUGUGUGCACGUCAUGUACAUGAUAAAAUAGUUUCAAACACUUAUCUAAUUAAAUAGCAAUUUAAAAAAAUUAUUAUUAUUUUGUUACAUUACCUAGUACAGAUGCAGGGUGAUUUUAGUUUUGCAUUUUUAAAUUUUCCAAAGAAACUCGAGGGUGAAAUUAGUGAGAUUCGAUAUAGCUCUCCACCCUGUAUAUACAUAUAUAUACUUUAGAUAGGUAUAGUACGCUUGCUUGGUUUGAAUAUAGAUAUAUAUAAAUAAGAAAUUAAAACGAUUGGUAAUGUUGCAAAAUGUAAUCACUCGCUUGAAAAUAGACUGUAUAGUCAAUUCCGUCCAAUGUUAAUAUAAUAA